AUGGUGGAACUCUUGGUACAGAAUGAUCAGCACUGCUAUAAUUCUCAAAACGCCUGUCAAUCUCUAUUGUCAUCAAUAGAGAACGACCGCGACUUAUUGUCAGAGCAGGACUGGAUUGAGCUUCAAAAGCUUCAGGACUUUCUCCUGACUUUUCACCAUGCCACACUUUCUACAGAAGCUUGUGGUGACACAAUCGAUAAAGUACUGCUAUCAAUGGACUUUCUGCUUGAGCAGUUUGAAGACGCUAAGCGAGUAUAUGCUGAGGAUUCUUUUAUGAGUCCUUGCUGCAACUCAGGGUGGGCCAAGUUGGAUAAGUACUACACCCUCACUGACAGAUCUCCUGUUUAUAUUGCAGACUUAGUAUUAUGUCCACAAUGGAAAUGGGAUUAUAUUGAAAGUAGCUGGCUGAAGGAAUGGCAUGCCGAUUGUAAGGCAAAGAUGCAGGAGUUCUGGGAGUCAGAUUACAAGUUGACUGCGGUUUCAGUGCCUACGCAAGCAUCCCAGGCAACAGAGUCAGCAAAUUCUGGGGUCUCUAAUGCCUUUACAUAA